UGCAGCCUCGGGUCUGUGGACGGGGCCCCAGCUGCAUUGGCAUAUCAAUUGCCUCGAGUUGCUAGCAGUACGUCUUGCACUGGGCCGCUUCCAGGAGCUGUUGACAGACAAGCACGUACUGGUCCGCUCGGACAGCACUGCGGCCGUUGCGUACAUCAACCAUCAGGGUGGUCUACGCUCCCGCCGUAUGUCGCAACUCGCCCGCCAUCUCUUGCUAUGGAGUCAGAAGCAUCUGAGGUCGCUUCGUGCCAUUCACGUCCCAGGCGUGCUCAACCGUGCAGCCGACGAGCUCUCACGGCAGCCUCCGCUUCCGGGCGAAUGGCGGCUCCAUCCCCAGGUGGUCCAGCUGAUCUGGCAGCGCUUCGGCGAGGCACAGAUAGAUCUGUUCGCCUCCCCGGAGACUGCCCACUGCCAGUUGUUCUAUUCCCUGACCGGCGGCACGCUCGGCACGGAUGCCCUGGCAAUCAGCUGGCCCUGGGGCCUACGCAAAUAUGCGUUUCCCCCAGUGAGCCUUCUCGCACAGCUCCUGUGCAAAGUCAGGGAGGACGAGGAGCAGGUCUUGUUAGUGGCUCCAUACUGGCCCACUCGGACCUGGUUCUCGGACCUCACACUCCUCGCGACAGCACCUCCCUGGCCCAUUCCUCUGAGGAAGGACCUCCUGACUCAGAGACGGGGCACCCUCUGGCACCCGCGUCCCGACCUGUGGAAACUCCAUGUGUGGUCCCUGGACGGGACGCGGAGGUUCUGAGUGAUCUCCCGCAAGCGGUCGCAGACACCAUCACUUCCGCUAGAGCUCCUUCUAUGAGGAACCUCUAUGCGCUGAAGUGGAACCUAUUCGUCGAAUGGUGUUCCUCUCAAUCAGAGCGAGAGGACCCCCGAUCAUGUUCGGUCAGAACCGUGCUUUCCUUUCUGCAAGAGGGCCUGGAGCGAAGGCUGUCUCCCUCCACCCUCAAGGUGUAUGUUGCCGCUAUCGCCGCACAUCACUAUGCAGUUGAUGGUAAAUCGCUAGGGAAGCACGAUCUGAUCGUCAGGUUCUUGAGGGGGGCGAGGAGACUGAAUCCUCCCCGGCCCCCCUCUGUACCCUCUUGGGAUCUGACCCUGGUUCUUACAUCUCUCCGGGGUCGUCCCUUCGAGCCUUUGCAAUCAGUCGAGUUAAAAGUACUGGCUCUCUAGCGAUAUCCCAAUUCGUCGGUCACUACUGACGUACGUCUCCGUUCCCUCCUUCAGGGAACGAGGGUUACAUACGUAACCGAGACG